AUGAGGUCAUCUCAGGUCUGGGGUUGUGUGAGUCUGGGCCCUCCUGGAGGCAGUGGGGAGCCAGGUUGGUUCCCGAAUUCUGGAAAGACCCACCCUGGGUUCGCCCCCAUGGUGGUGUGUGGGAGGGGAGAGGGGGUAGCAAGGCCAGGCCUGCCAACGAGGAGGCCCCCAGCUUUUGACGGCAAAGCCAGGGACAACUUCACUCUGCGAGGAAGGUGCUGUGCCCGUGAGGAGAAGGGGCAGGUGGGAGAUGGGGAUGGGGGUAGAUGGGUGUGUCUGGAAGCUGGAUCCCAGGACCCCCUCCCCGGGGCCUGUCCAAAACCCCCACUGCUGUGGGGCCACCUCCCACCCCGACUUGGGACCUAG